CACACCGAGCCCUCCCGAAGCGCCUCCGUGACGUCAUGCAGGAGCAGAAGAGAUAAGACAGUCAAAAGAAGAGUUCUGUUUCCUGGUGUAUCGUUCACGCUAAAAUCGUUCACGCGUCUCAUCAGCUUUGUGUAUUUCGCGAUGUCGUACGCGUACCUGUUCAAGUAUAUCAUUAUCGGAGACACAGGAGUUGGAAAGUCCUGUCUCCUUCUUCAAUUUACGGAUAAGAGAUUUCAGCCAGUCCAUGACUUGACAAUAGGAGUCGAGUUUGGUGCUCGUAUGAUUACCAUUGACUGCAAGCAAAUUAAACUGCAGAUCUGGGAUACUGCGGGUCAAGAGGCAUUCCGUUCUAUAACAAGGUCAUAUUAUCGUGGAGCAGCUGGAGCUCUAUUGGUAUAUGACAUUACACGUAGGGAAACUUUUAACCAUCUUACAACAUGGCUGGAAGAUGCAAGGCAACAUUCGAAUUCUAAUAUGGUUAUCAUGUUAAUCGGAAAUAAAAGUGAUCUGGAUAAUCGAAGAGAAGUAAAGAGAGAGGAAGGUGAAGCUUUCGCACGAGAGCAUGGUCUUGUCUUUAUGGAGACUAGCGCUAAGACUGCAGCAAAUGUAGAAGAGGCAUUCAUUAAUACUGCAAAAGAAAUAUACGAAAAAAUACAAGAGGGAGUCUUUGACAUUAAUAAUGAGGCAAACGGUAUUAAGAUUGGACCACAGCAUUCACCCACAAGUCCUGGAGGUUUAUCAGGCACUGGUGGACAAGGUAGUGCUCAGGGUGGUGGGUGCUGCUAGGGGCUGGGGCUUAUCUGUCCACCGCUUCAUCCUUCUCCGAUCUGAAUUGACCCUGCUCCUGCUCUUCAUUUUACUGUGAACUCACUUACUUUGUACAUUUUAAUUUUGCGCAUGCCGCGUCAUAAGGUAACAAGUGACAAUUGGUGUAUUUAUAGUUGAAAUAAUCUUAUACACGCGUAAUAAAUAGGAUUAUUGUAAGGCGAAAAUGUUAUACAAAUCACUAAAAUCAUGAAGCAUUAAUAAAGUCUUUACUUACAAAUUCUCGCAAAGGUAUGAAUGAAGUUAUAUUAUUUUUCAAUGUGUUUUUAAUGAAUUUAAUUCUGAAAAAAAAACAGAUGCUUUUUCCAAGUUAUAUAUCUCUAUAUAAUUUUUCGUUCUUGCACAUUGUAUAAUCGUUUUAUCUCCUAAUGGGAUAUUAUUACAAAAGAUUGAGGUUCCCUAAUUUUGAUUCAAAAUAUUUUAUUUAAACAUGCUUAGUAUAAUUUAAUUUUAAUUGUAAAAUUUUUAGCUGGCUUGUCUCCCACUUUAUGAAGCAUCAUAUGAAAUUAUUGUAUUAGAUAAUAUCAAUUAUCGGGAGUGAUAAAGCGGGAGAGGACAGGCACUUUCUAUUUUAUAUUCGUUUAAUACAUAUUAUGUACUGUAACGUAAUGUGCACUAGUAAUCAAAAUUCCAUUCUAUAUGUAGUGGCUCAUGGACGUUGAUGUAUUUAAUUGAUUUGACAUCAUUUUCAAUCUAAUAUUAAAUCGAUAUUAUAUAUAUGUAUGUAUUGCUGUAUAAGAUGAUAAUUAUAUAAAACAUGUAUUAAUCAAUGCCAUCAGGAGGCCUACAUUUAAUCAGAUUUAUAUUCCAAUUUAAUGAUUAUAAGAAAUUUUAUUGCACGUAUUGACAAUUGGUAUCAUUAUUUAUGGCAUUUACUAUGGCAUCUUUUUAAAAAUAAAGGCAUCAUUAGUGCUAUAAAUGAAUCAAAAAUACAUUUUUACAAUUUAUAUUGUAACGACUGAAGUUUUUAGAGUUUCAGACCAUAGAUAAAGAUACCGAUAUAAAUAUGGCAGUGAUAAUUUUAUCUGUAUUAUAUUAAGCUCCAAAUAUGAUUCCAUUUUAAUAAACGCGCGCGCGUUCCUGCUUUUAUUUUAAGAAUAAUUACAGAUAUUUCACUACUUUGCAAAGACAUGAGACACGAAAGAUAAUUAAAUACAUAAUGAAUAAAGAAUAAGCUCUAGUAGUGCACGUUAUUAUAUUUAUUGAUGAAUUUAUCAGCUGGCAAGAAAAUUAUGCAUUAAUAUUAAUGUUACUCAAUGAAAUUAAGAAAUCUAUAAGCAUGAGUAUCCUAUAUCUAUUUAGUACAAAUUGGCUUCUUGAGCAUUAUUGUAAUCAAAUGUUAUUUGUAAUAUCUCAAAUUACGAGCUUAUACCUAAUUGUUAUACCAAAGAUUACAUCAGCAUUGUGUACCUUUUUUGCGCUUAUACUGUAACGAUCAAACAAUGUGCAUUGAUUUCAGGAUGUUAUAUCCAAUAUAUUUGAUUUAAUGUAAUCUAGCGAUUAUUCUAUACAAUCAAAGCUAAUCUACAGCUUAUGAUGUAUUUUAUAUGUAUGCAUUGAGCAUAUCUUUUUAAUUGGAAAAUAUAUAUAUGUGCACAUUA